AUGGAGAUGAAGCAAGUGCGCCUUGGUCGCGCCUCGCAGGUGGCCGUUCCGCCUGUUAACACUGCGCCACUAGAAAUCUCGCAGGAAAUGCGGCAACAAUUGCGCGUGACGCGCCAUCGCGCAUUCGAGCGUUAUCAGGAGAAUGCGCAUUGGACGAAGGAGCUGUUGGAAGGCUCGACGACCCAAGAUGACGUAAUCAUGAGUUCCAACGGCUGUGCAGCAUCAGCAGAAGAGCUUCAAAUGCAGGUAGAAGCACAGGAAAAGACGAUACAAGAGCAGGAGAGGAAGUUGGUGCAGCAGAAGGAGAGACACGAGACGACGCAACGCCGAUUUGAAGAAAUGCUGACAAUGUUAAAUACGGCGAAGGAUGCUACUCAAGUAAAAGAGUGUGAGGAAGAGCUGGCAAAUGAGAAAAUGUUGCUACUGCCUUGCAAGCCACGCAAGAUGGAGAUCAUCCGUACAAAACUAAAACUUGUACGCACAUCACCAUUAUUUUAUUUGGCAAUGGCGACCGUACAGGAAAACGAAACGAAGCUGCUGGAGCCGUAUGCGUACAUCAGUGAGCUUCCUGGCAAGGGUGUGCGUGGCAAGAUGAUUGGUGCUUUCCAGACGUGGCUGUGUGCUCCCUUUGAAGCCGUGGAGAGUAUCCAGAGAAUUGUAGAUCAAUUGCACAAUGCCAGUCUCCUUAUUGACGACAUUGAGGAUGACUCGGAAAUGAGACGGGGUCAGCCCGUGGCCCACCACAUUUUUGGCGUGCCAGCCACAAUCAAUUGUGCCAACUAUGUGUACUUUUUGUCCUUGCAAAAGUGUCAGGCAUUGGGUAAUCCCAAGGCCAUGCAGGUAUACACUAAUGAGAUGCUGAGACUACACCAAGGCCAAGGAAUGGAUAUUUUCUGGAGAGACCAUUUGCAAUGUCCGACGGUGGAUGAAUAUCUCGAGAUGACGGGGGGAUUGUUUCGAUUAGCGGUGGGAUUGAUGCAAGCAUUCAGUGAUUCCAUAUUGGACUUUACACCGCUAGUAAAUGCUUUGGCUGUGUACUUUCAAAUUCGAGAUGAUUAUAUCAAUCUACUGGAUGAAGCUUACAUGGAAAACAAGAGUUUCUGUGAAGAUCUGACGGAAGGGAAAUUCUCGUUCCCGCUCAUUGUGGCUAUUCGCGAGAACCCGCAGGAUACAAGAUUGUUAAGUAUCCUCAAGCAACGCACAAAAAGCACCAAACUCAAGCAGUAUGCUGUGCAUUAUUUACGCGAAACAGGUGCAGUUAAACUCACUCUCGCUAAGCUCAACGACACAGUCCAAGAGAUUCGCAACGAAAUUGCCUCGCUUGGAGGUAAUUUGACCCUGGAGCAGAUUGUAGAUGGCUUGCAUUCGACCAUCAAGUAG